GCAUCCACACCUAUAUAUUCUCCACACGGUUCCUAUUUUCUGUCCUUUUAUCACUAUAAAACCACAUAUAUGCCAACACCUUGUCACAUCCAAUUCUCUACACAUUGUCCUAAGACAUCAUAGAGGUGAAGAACAAUGACAAAGCGGAAGAUUGAGAUCAAGCGCAUCAAGAAUGAGGAAGCACGCCAAGUGUGUUUCUCUAAGCGUCGUCCUAGUGUGUUCAAGAAGGCCAGCGAGCUCUAUACCGUCUGUGGUGCAGAGGUUGCUAUGCUUGUCAAAUCUCCUGCUGGUAAAUUUUUCUCCUUUGGUGCCCCCUCUGUCGGAUUUGUUCUUAGCCGCUUCCAUGCUACUACUACUUCUAGAAAACACUCCAGUAUGGGUGUUACGAUCCAACAUGAUAAUAGUGCAACAAUCAAACUACAUGAGUUGAAUCAACAACACAUAGAGUUGCAAAACCAACUGCAAGCUCAAAAUGAGAAAAUGAAAGCGCUACAAGAGGUUGCUAAGAAGGAAAGUGGGGGAAAAGUGAUGGGUUGGUUGAAUAGCAAGGUUGAAGAUAUAUGCCAAGAAGAUUUGGAAGAGUUCAAGAUGGUGCUUGAGUCUCUAAAGUACUUGACGAGGGGGAUAAUUAAUCAACUCUUUCAGAAUUAUGCUAUGUUCUCUAAUAUGAUGCGUGUGCAGCAUUGUGUGACCGCUUUGCCCAAUCAACAAUUCCUUCCGAGCAGUGAAGAUGUCAAACCGAUGAUUCACCAUGUUCCUAGUUCAAGUUAUGGAUGGAACACAAGCAUAGAUAGCAAACCUAAUUCAAGUGAUGCUCAUGUUGUUGGGGCCAGGAGGUACUUUCCGAAGUGAUGGAUACAAGUUGCAACAAGAUAAACCACAAUAAUUUACGAGUAUUUCCCUAUUUUGCAAUGAUUUAAUGUUGUUCUUUUUUUAAGUUACUUCUUCUAUCCUUUGGAAACAUUAUCAUGUUUAAGUUGAGCAAGUAUGAUAAAUGCUAUUUUCUAUUCCAAAACAUGUUUUGGUAGUUACUAUUUAAAUUCCAUGCAAACAGUAUCGUGUUCUACUCGAACAACUAUCAUGCACAACAAUUUCUUGUGUAAUCAUAUGGUGUACUAUGUUCAUAUAUUAAUUUGUCCUUGGA